UGAGGCAUUGAAAAAAUAAAGAUAAAUUAAAAGCUGUUAAGAAUAGAAAAACAUUAAGCAUUUAAAAACAUUCCGAAAACAAAUAUUCGGCCAUUAAAAGAAGAGGGAGUGUAAUGCCCAAUUGCCAAUUGUUAACGUCGAAAUAGGUUUGUGAGAGAAUAUGAUUAUUCUGGUUCUGCCGUUCAGAAUCUUCCUGUGUUUGAGUGAUCUGCUAUAUAUGGAGGUGGAAGACAGAAUUAGUGGACUUCCACUAGACAUACUAGCCCAUAUUUUGGGAUUACUGCGGAUUAAAGAAGCUGCUAAACCUGCCAUUUUGUGUACCAGUUUGAGAGAUGCUUGGUUAAGUCUUACGCACCUCCACUUUGAUGGAGAGUUCUUCAAUAAAGUUUGGACAUAUUAUAUGGCAGAAUCAACGAUGUCUAUAAUCAACACAAUCAUCAUCAAGCACAAUGGACCUAUUCAAAAAUUUGUGUUUGAUUUUAGCUUCAGAAGAUAUAUGGAUAAGUCCAGGUGGUUCGAAUUGGAUGAAUUGUUACUUGGUCUCACCCAUAAGGGUAUAGAGGAAAUACACCUGCGUUUCUUUGGAUAUACUGCAUACAUAUUGCCAGAGUUCAUAUUUUCUUGCCUAACACUAAAGACGCUGCAUCUUUCAGGAGUCUUUUUUGAACAAAUUAGCACCCCUUGCAUAUUCCCCAAUGUGACUUCACUCUUCUUAGAAAACAUCAGGUUUUAUGAUAGAAAAUGUGUUGCUGCUGAACUUCCUAUGCUCAGGAAUCUAACCUGUGAAAGCAUUUCUAGUGUUAACUUUACUGCCCCAAAGCUUAGAAGUUUGAAAUUUAGUAUUCAUCAUGAUUCUACCAUUGCUGCAAAAUACCGUCCUCUCAUUCAUCCGGUAAAGUUAGACUUCAGAACUGUACACUCUCUUCAUCUUGAAAAUACUAACCUUAAGGGGUUUGUUGAAGUAUUAUCUAGAGCGGGUUGCGAACAAAGUACACUAAAUGUGGAAUACUUGCAGCUAUGCAUGCUUUAUGCCACGCAUUUGGAUAACAUAUCAGCUUGCUUUCACUUGUUGCAGAUGUGCCCAAAGUUAACCGAACUUCACAUACAUACAAGGUUCCGAGCAGUUGGAAGUGCAGAAGAACAAUUGGACCUCCCUAAGCAUACUUUGGCUCAAACAUUCAAUUCAAUUCGGUCUUUAAGUAUUAUUUGCUGGUUAAACGGGUCAAGACUUGAAAUGAUAUUCUUCAAAUGGCUACUUAGUCGCUUUCCUGCACUAGAGAAGGUGGUGUUUUUUCCACAUAAUAAGGAUGGGGCCCAAAAUCUGUCUGAAAAUAUGGAGACACUUUUGUGCUUUCUGCGUGCCAAUUUAGAAGCAGAAAUGUCUUAUUCUUAUGUUAGUAAUGUGUAAGUUGAAUACACUAGCAUACAAAGUGUAGUUAUUUUAAAGUUCAUCUCUCUGUACUUCUAUGGUUAUAAUUUUGAGGUUUGUUGAAUUAUGAGGCCGCUUAGCAACACUGUUUAUCGGCUUAUAAGCUUAUCAGCCAUCUUUUUCACUUAACACGUAAGUUUUAC